AUGGGCUCUGUGUCAAACCAGCAGUUCGCAGGUGGCUGCGCCAAGGCGCCGGAGGAGGCGCCGGAGGACGCCGCCCGGGCGGCCGAGGAGCCGCAGCUGCUGCACGGUGCCGGCAUCUGUAAGUGGUUCAACGUGCGCAUGGGGUUCGGCUUCCUGUCCAUGACCGCCCGCGCCGGGGUCGCGCUUGACCCCCCAGUGGAUGUCUUUGUGCACCAGAGCAAGCUGCACAUGGAGGGCUUCCGGAGCCUGAAGGAGGGUGAGGCCGUGGAGUUCACCUUUAAGAAGUCUGCUAAGGGCCUGGAAUCUAUCCGGGUCACGGGCCCCGGUGGGGUGUUCUGUAUUGGGAGCGAGAGGCGGCCCAAAGGGAAGAACGUGCAGAAGCGCAGAUCAAAGGGAGACAGGUGCUACAACUGUGGAGGUCUAGACCACCAUGCCAAGGAAUGCAAGCUGCCACCCCAGCCUAAGAAGUGCCACUUCUGCCAGAGCAUCAGCCACAUGGUGGCCUCGUGUCCACUGAAAGCCCAGCAGGCCCCCAGCUCACAGGGAAAGCCAGCCUACUUUCGGGAGGAAGAAGAAGAAGAGAUCCAUAGCCCUGCCCUGCUCCCAGAGGCCCAGAAUUGAGCUACAGUGGGUGGGGGCUAUGCUUUUGUGAUCAGGAAGUUUUGAGGAGCAGGCAUCAAUCGGCAGAGUGGAGAAAGUGGGGACAGGGUGGGUAGGGGGCAGCUGGCGCUGCCAUGUGUCUCAGGCCGGGGUCCACAGCAUCACCCCCUCUUCCUUCUUGGCAGGGUAGGGGGAAGGGGUGAGGCAAAUGAACUCCAACCGUGCUCUAUCCAAAUGCUUGUGAGCGUGUUCUGGGGAAAAUCUCUCCCCGUGUGCUUUAGCUGAGUCUCCGCCCCCCAGAUCUCCAGCUUCUGAAAGUGGUCUGGAUAGGGAAGUUGUUUUCCUUUCAAAGAAGGAUAUGUAGUAAUAAUUUUUCCCAUGCCAGAAUGUAAAGAUCAAGCAUGAGACCAGAUUGAUGGGCCCAACCCACGGAGCACUACUUUCUGUGGGAGGGAAUCUCUCAAGGGUAAGGCAGGGUUUUUUCCACAACUUGUCCCCUACCCCGCUCUUGGGAUAAGAUGCUGAGAACUCUCCCGAGCAAUGGGUUGUGACCGCAGGCAAAGGGAUUGUUGGGGGAACAGCUGCAGACCUGCUGUUCCUAAGCUUACUCUCACCCCAUUCUGGGCCGAUAGAAUUUUAUUUAUUUGCUCCCUUGGAUGACCACACCUUGGGCCCCACUUUCUCCAGGAUGCCAACUGCACUAGCUGUGUGCGAAUGACGUAUCUUGUGCAUUUUAACUUUUUUUUUUUUCGUAAUAUAAAUGUUCUGGUUUUGUACUUUUGUGUAUUUUAAUCUUAAGGCCCUCGUUCCUGCACUGUGUUCUCAGGUACAUGAGCGAUCUCAGGGAUAAGUCGGCAGCAGCUUCAGGUCUGCACGGCAGGAAUACUGUUUGUUUUAUCAUCAGGGAGAACAACUAUUUGGAGUGCAUAGCCUAUUGAACUACCUCAUUUUUGCCAAAUAGAACUGGCUUUUCUGCCAUAGUGUCCUCUUAAAAACCCCUCCGCCUUCAAUGUUCCAUGGGAGACUAGGUUUUAGCUCAGUUGCCCCCAUGACUUGAUCUCUUUCUACCGGAAGAUUGGAAAUUGGUCCGAACAGGAAAAGGUGGUACAGGAAGGUUUGAAGAGGCUGCACCGAGCCAAAAGGUGCAGAGCCAAAGCCAAGGUUAGGAGAGGGCUGUCUAUAAGUAUAGUAAAGGAUUUCUGUUCCAGACUUCUAAUCCCAGGGCACGGGACUCACUUUACAUACCAGAUCAUCCUUCACUGGAUUGGGCUAGGCCUACCAUGCACAACAGGGUGUAUGUGUGUGUGUGUGUGUGUGUGUG